ACACGCGGAGUGUGGCCUGGUGCACGUGAGUCUGUCAGCACUUGUGAAAUAGGCCACGUCCUCUUUCAGGUGCUGUCCGCUGCCUCGGCUGCAGGUGUUUCUGUAGCUUUUGGUGCACGGAUCAGAGUUCUUUUUAGCCUGGAGGAGAUUAGCUGUUACUUCCCUCUUAAGACUUUAUGGAGGUCAUUUUUUGCUGCUUUGGUGGCGGCGUUUGUUUUAAGGUCCAUCAGUCUGUGUGGUAACAGCUGCCAGGUCCUCUUUUACAUGGAGCACCACACGCCACAGUACCUUUUUGAACUGUUUCCUUUUAUCCUCCUCGGGGUGUUUGGAGGGCUGUGGGGAGCCUUUUCCAUUCGGGCAAACGUUGCCUGGUGUCAGCGGCGCAAGUCUACCAGAUUUGGGAAGUAUCCUGUUCUGGAAGUCAUUGUGGUCGCGGCCAUCACUGCCGUGGUAGCCUUCCCCAAGCCAUACACCCGGCUCAACACCAGUCAGCUCAUCAAGGAGCUUUCCACGGACUGCAGGGCCCUGGAGUCCUCCUCUCUCUGUGACUACAGAAGCGACAUGAACGCCAGUAAAAUUGUUGAUGACACUGCAGACCGGCCCGCUGGCCUCGGAGUGUAUUCAGCUACACGGCAGUUAGGGUUAGCACUCGUAUUUGAGAUCAUAAUGACGGUGUUCACCUUUGGGGUCAAGGUGGUUGCUG